UUGUAAGUCUAACUUGCAAAUAAAAGUGAUAUUCUUGCAUAUGCAUUCCUCGUGAAAAUCAGAACCUUUAUAGGAAUAUAAAAAUACACAUUACACAUAUACAAAUACACAAUAUUGAAGAACGGUCUAUUCCUGCGAGCUCGUUCCGUACCGAAUAACUUACUUGACGUCUCCGAUCUUGGACUUUUUCUUUACUUUUGACAUUGAUCCAUCAGCCAUCACAUCGACGCCAUUUUGUGUUUGGUAGAGUCCGCUUAAGCUUUAGUAUUGAUGUGGGUGUGAAUUUUUCUGAAGAAUUAUAAAAAAAACUCUACAUUCAUCCGUCCAAAUACUUAAUUAAAGCACCAAUAAAAUGGGCGAAGAAAAAGAUGGCAAGGAAAGGGAGAGAAGCCGUGAAAGAAGACGCCGCUCCCGUUCAAGGGAGCAUAGACGUCGUUCCAGGUCCAGGAGCAAAGAUCGUUCUAGAAGACGCAGUCGAUCUGCGAGUCCUCCAAGGCACAAGGGAACCAGCGGCGGUUUCUCAAGACGUCGCAAACCAUCCCUGUAUUGGGAUGUCCCUCCACCCGGAUUCGAACACAUUACUCCUUUACAGUACAAAGCUAUGCAGGCAGCUGGGCAGAUUCCUGCAAAUAUUGUUGCUGAUACCCCACAGGCUGCUGUUCCAGUUGUAGGAUCUACAAUCACGAGGCAGGCUAGGCGAUUGUAUGUUGGUAAUAUACCUUUUGGAGUGACAGAAGAAGAGAUGAUGGAGUACUUCAACCAGCAGAUGCACUUGAGUGGUUUGGCUCAGGCUGCAGGAAAUCCUGUGCUAGCUUGUCAGAUUAACCUUGACAAAAAUUUUGCAUUUUUAGAGUUUAGGUCCAUUGAUGAAACAACCCAGGCUAUGGCUUUUGAUGGCAUCAAUUUCAAAGGUCAGAGCCUGAAGAUUCGCAGACCCCAUGAUUACCAACCCAUGCCAGGUAUGGCCGAAAACGCUAUAAGCGUACCGGCUGGCGUAAUCAGCACGGUCGUACCGGAUUCACCGCACAAAAUAUUCAUUGGCGGGUUGCCAAAUUAUUUGAACGAAGAUCAGCUAGGGUUAUCAGAGCGAUCCGUAAGAAUGAGUGUAUCUGCUACAAAUAAAAACCUGAACACCCUAUGGAAACCGCAAGGUCAAGGAACUACUUAUGUCUUUUGGACAAUUAAAAGCUUUCAACCUAGUCAAGGAUACAGCGUUUGGACUGAGCAAAGGAUAUGCGUUUGCUGAAUAUGUGGACAUUACCAUGACAGAUCAGGCUAUAGCGGGAUUGAAUGGUAUGCAACUUGGUGACAAGAGACUGAUUGUACAAAGGGCAAGUGUUGGUGCUAAGAAUACUACAGUGUUGCCAGCUGUUCAGAUUCAAGUACCGGGUCUCAGUUUAGUAGGAGCGUCUGGGCCUGCUACAGAAGUUUUAUGCUUGUUGAACAUGGUUACGCCUGACGAAUUAAAGGAUGAAGAAGAAUAUGAAGAUAUCCUUGAAGACAUCAAGGAAGAAUGCAACAAGUAUGGCGUUGUGAGGAGUAUUGAAAUCCCUCGACCAAUAGAAGGUGUUGAGGUUCCUGGCUGUGGAAAGGUAUUUGUCGAGUUUAACUCUGUAUUGGAUUGUCAGAAAGCACAACAGUCUCUGACGGGACGUAAAUUCAGCAACAGAGUAGUCGUAACGUCGUACUUUGAUCCUGAUAAAUACCACAGGAGGGAAUUUUAACAAUAUUAUCUAAGGUUAAUUUGGUGUUUCAUUCGUAUUUGUAUUAAUUUCUUUGUAUAUGAUUUGUAGGAGUGAAAUAAAUAUAUAUGUCAACUCAUACA